AUGAUCCGCGCAUCGUGCUUGACGCGUGUGCGCGACCAGCGUUUGCUGGCCCGUGCGGUCGUAGGCCACGGCAAGGCUGUCCAACGGCUGCUGAAGAAGGCCCAUGACAUCCUCGCCCACACCAAGCCCACUGCAUCGGGCGCCGUGCUCGAUACACCGUUUGGCUUGCAGUACCAGGUCGACGGUGCGGUGAUUGUUGCCGUCGUGGUCCAUCGCAUGGACGCAGCAUCGAUCGCGCACAAGUACUUGUACGAGCUCCGAGACGCUUUUCAUGCCUAUCGAAAGACGCCGCACGGACACAUGACUGCGACGACGUUGACACCUAUCGCGUGCGCUGCUUUUGAGCCCGAGAUGCAUCGACUCCACGAAAAAUACGAAGCGAACCUGGCGUUGGACUCGAGUAUGCUCUUGGAGCUGCACCUGACGCUGCAUUUACCGACGAUCCGUGACGCUGCAUUUACCGGCGAUCCGUGA